AUGGAAGCCUCUGCAACAAUGCUCCCACUCUCUCAGGUCCACCGUUUCUUCCCACAUAAACCCAACAGAAGCAAAUUAGCUUGUCCUCCUUGUGGGCCAUCCAAACCAAGAAGAACCUCUCUGCCCAGUCGUCUACACUGCCAAAAGAUGUAUGUCCCUGGAUUUGGAGAAGCGUCGCCAGAAGCAAAAGCAGCCAACAACCUCCAUAGUUUCUUCACUUACAUUGCAGUUAGGAUUGUCACUGCACAGCUUGAGAGUUACAACCCCGAGGCAUAUGAAGAGAUGAUGGAAUUUUUGAGUAGAAACUCGUUGAACGAUGGAGACCAAUUCUGUGCCAACUUGAUGCGUGAAUCUUCCAGGCAUAACGCUCUUGCUUUGCGCAUCUUAGAGGUUCGAUCGGCAUAUUGUAAAAAUGAUUUCGAGUGGGACAACUUAAAGCGAUUAGCUUUCAAGAUGGUGGAUGAAUCCAACACGAGACUCAUGAGGGAUUAUGUCUUGGAAAUAAGUCAUGUGGAAGGUGAAGGGAAGUGA